CAGUGGUUGGAGGACGAGCAGCAGCACCAGCAGUAAUCCACUUUCCGCCGUGCUUCACCUUUCUCUGUUCCGUCUACAUCCCGCAGACAUGGACCUGGAGGUGCUCAUGUACCCGGUGUUCUCGCUUCCCAACCUCCCCGCGUUUGCGCUCUAGCUGUGCGCUCCCGGCCCGUGGCACGUCCCGCUACUGACCAGAAGGAGACUGUUGUUAUUUUUCUGUGUAGCAGAGAGGGGACUGAAGGUAGAGCAGCAACCAGGGACCCACAACAUCGUGACAGCAAAGGCCGUUUCAGGAUAUCAGGCUACUGAGAGCGGCUCGCUGUGUCCUCCAUCAUGGCGAGUGACUCUCCUGCUCGGAGCCUGGACGAAAUCGACCUGUCCGCUUUGAGGGAUCCUGCUGGCAUCUUUGAGCUGGUAGAGCUGGUGGGAAAUGGCACAUAUGGGCAAGUGUACAAGGGUCGCCAUGUUAAGACAGGGCAGCUUGCAGCCAUCAAGGUCAUGGAUGUCACCGGGGACGAGGAAGAAGAGAUUAAAGCGGAAAUUAACAUGCUGAAGAAGUACAGCCACCAUCGGAACAUCGCCACCUACUAUGGAGCCUUCGUCAAGAAAAACCCCCCCGGCAUAGAUGACCAGCUCUGGCUGGUCAUGGAGUUCUGUGGCGCCGGCUCGGUGACGGACCUGAUCAAAAACACCAAGGGAAACUCUCUGAAGGAGGAGUGGACCGCCUACAUCUGCCGGGAGAUUCUCAGGGGUCUGACUCAUCUCCAUCAGCACAAGGUCAUCCACAGAGACAUCAAGGGACAGAACGUCCUGCUGACAGAGAACGCAGAGGUCAAACUAGUGGACUUUGGAGUUUCGGCCCAGUUGGACCGAACAGUUGGACGGAGGAACACGUUCAUCGGGACGCCAUAUUGGAUGGCACCAGAAGUCAUCGCGUGUGACGAGAACCCUGAAGCCACGUACGACUUCAAGAGUGAUUUAUGGUCACUGGGAAUCACAGCAAUAGAGAUGGCUGAAGGAGCACCACCACUGUGUGACAUGCAUCCAAUGAGAGCCCUCUUCCUCAUCCCGCGCAACCCCGCCCCCAGACUCAAGUCAAAGAAGUGGUCUAAGAAGUUCCAGUCCUUCAUAGAGAGCUGUCUGGUGAAGAGCCACGGCCAGAGGCCCAGCACAGAGCAGCUCCUCAAACACCCGUUCAUCAGAGAGCUGCCCAACGAGAGGCAGAUCCGCAUCCAGCUGAAGGACCACAUCGACCGCACCAAGAAGAAGAGAGGAGAGAGGGAUGAGACAGAGUACGAGUACAGUGGAAGUGAAGAGGAGGAUGAAGAAAGAGACAUGGGUGAACCGAGCUCCAUCAUCAAUGUCCCCGGAGAGUCGACCCUGAGGCGGGACUUCCUGCGCCUGCAGCUGGCCAAUAAGGAGCGCUCGGAGGCGCAGCGGCGGCAGCAGCUGGAGCAACAGCAGAACGAGGAGCACAAGCGCUUACUGUUGGCGGAGAGACAGAAACGCAUCGAGGAGCAGAAGGAGCAGAGGAGGAGGCUGGAGGAGCAGCAGCAGCGAGAGCGGGAGCUGAGGAAACAGCACGAGAGAGAACAGAGGAGGCGCUACGAGGAAAUGGAGCAACUCCGCAGAGAGGAGGAGAGGAGGCAUGCGGAAAGAGAACAGGAGUAUAUCCGUAGACAGCUGGAAGAGGAGCAGAGGCAGUUAGAGAUUCUCCAGCAGCAGCUACUACAGGAACAGGCAUUGCUGAUGGAGUACAAGCGUAAGCAGGUAGAGGAGCAGCGGCAGGCGGAGCGGCUACAGCGGCAGCUCCAGCAGGAGAGAGCCUACCUGGUGUCACUACAGCAGCAGCAGCAGCAGCAGCAGCAGCAGGAGGGAAGGCAAGCGGAGAAGAAACCGCUUUACCACUACAAAGAUAUCAUCAAUCCUAGCGACAAGCCUGCCUGGGCUAAAGAGGUGGAGGAGCGAUCUAAGCUGAACCGGCAGAGCUCCCCAGCGCUGCAGCCCAAAGUGUCCAACCGCAUCUCCGACCCCUCCCUCCCUCCCCGCUCCGAGUCCUUCAGCAGCGGGGGCAUGCAGCCCGCCCGCACCCCACCCAUCCACCGCUCCAUUGAACCUCAGAUGGCUCACCUGGUCCCUGUGAAGACCCACUCCGGCUCCAUGUCCGGUUCUCAGUCUCUGCAGGAUCAGACGGGCUCAGCUCUGAGUGAAGGUGUCAGCGUUGGCUCCCCCAGGCCCGAGAUGCCACGCCAGAACUCGGACCCUACCUCUGACACCCCUGGACCCCCGCAGCGCAUCGCAGGCAGGGAGGACCGGGACAGAGACAGGGACAGGACCGCCUGGCUGAGAGAGGAGGACAUGCCACCCAAGGUCCCUCAGAGGACCACUUCCAUCUCCCCAGCCUUGGUCAGGAAGAACUCCCCCAAUGGAGGAGGAGUAGGUCUGGGCCCUCGCACAGGUUCCCAACUCAUAAGGGCCAGUAACCCAGACCUGCGGCGCUCUGAGCUCUCUCUGGACGCCAUGCUGCAAAGAACUUCGUCCAACUCCUCGUCCUCCUCCUCCCCUUCAUCUCAGGGAGGCUCAGCUGAGAGGAGAGGUCAAGCCAAGCAAGAAGGAUCCCCACCAGCAGCCAAUCAGGAGGCGAAGCCCAAACAGGAGGAGGGGCGUGAAUCAGCCAGACCCAGUAGACCUGCAAGCUAUAAGAAAGCCAUAGAUGAGGACCUUAGUGCACUGGCUAAGGAACUCAGAGAACUGAGGGUAGAGGAGGGCAGCAGACCUCCAGUCAAGGUUACAGACUACUCGUCCUCUAGUGAUGAUUCGGAGAGCAGCGAUGACGACGGGGAGACGGUCGGGCAUGAUGGGACCGUUGCUGUUAGCGACAUCCCCCGCAUCAUGCCAGCGGUGCAGAGCAGCAGUGAGUCGUAUGGAGGGCUGACAGAAGACUCUCUCGGAGAUGCCUAUAAUAGCUCCAAGGACAGCACUCUGGUGAUGAGAGAGGCGGCGGAGAGGAGGAGAGGUGGCCACACUGAGAGUAAUGGGUUCGGUAAUCAUGGUAACCAUGGUAACCUCCCUGACCUGGUGCAGCAGAGCAACUCUCCCUCGGCCACGCCCACCUCCGCCCUGCAGGAACUGGGAGAAAUGGCUGAGUUUGGUCUAGGCGGGUCUAAAUCGUCCUUCACCCCAUUUGUUGAUCCCAGUGUCUAUCAGACCUCCCCAGGUGAAAAUGACGAUGAGAGCUCAGCAGAAGACAUGUUUUCCAGCGAGCUGCUGAGGCAGGAGCAGGCCAGACUAAACGAAGCCAGAAAGAUCUCUGUGGUCAACGUCAACCCCACCAACAUCAGACCCCACAGCGACACUCCAGAGAUCCGCAAAUACAAGAAGCGCUUCAACUCUGAGAUCCUGUGUGCUGCACUCUGGGGUGUGAAUCUGCUGGUGGGGACAGAGAACGGUCUUAUGCUGCUCGACCGAAGUGGACAGGGAAAAGUGUACAACCUGAUCACCAGACGCCGCUUCCUGCAGAUGGAUGUGCUGGAGGGGCUCAACGUGCUGGUCACCAUAUCUGGGAAAAAGAAUAAGUUGCGUGUCUACUACCUGUCCUGGCUGAGGAACAGAAUACUCCACAACGACCCUGAAGUAGAGAAGAAGCAGGGCUGGAUUACAGUGGGGGAGCUGGAGGGAUGUGUGCAUUAUAAAGUUGUAAAAUAUGAGAGGAUUAAGUUCCUGGUGAUUGCUCUGAAGAACGCUGUGGAAAUCUAUGCCUGGGCUCCGAAACCCUACCACAAGUUCAUGGCCUUUAAGUCAUUCACUGAGUUGCAGCACCGCCCUCAGCUGGUUGACCUCACGGUGGAGGAAGGUCAGAGGUUGAAGGUCAUCUAUGGCUCCAGUGUGGGCUUCCAUGUCAUCGACGUGGACUCGGGCAACCCUUACGACAUCUACAUCCCCUCACAUAUCCAGAGCCAGGUGACGCCCCAUGCCAUCGUGGUGCUCCCAAAGACCGAUGGGAUGGAGAUGCUGCUGUGUUACGAGGACGAAGGCGUCUACGUCAACACCUACGGGCGAAUCACCAAGGACGUGGUGCUACAGUGGGGAGAGAUGCCUACCUCUGUUGCCUAUAUCCACUCUAAUCAGAUUAUGGGCUGGGGGGAGAAAGCCAUAGAGAUCCGCUCUGUGGAGACAGGUCAUCUGGACGGAGUCUUUAUGCACAAGAGAGCCCAGAGACUCAAAUUCCUGUGUGAGCGAAACGACAAGGUAUUCUUCGCUUCGGUGCGUUCGGGAGGUAGCAGCCAAGUCUUCUUCAUGACCCUCAACAGAAACUCCAUGAUGAACUGGUGAUGCCCCCCCACCUCAUCCACUCUGCCUCACUCUCCCAUUGGCCCGCCCGGCGACUCCCAGUUGGCCCACGGCACAUCUCACAAUGAAAAAAACAAACAAACAGACUGACCGAGAGGCCACAGUGAACUCUUUUAACACUGGAGUGACUAGAAUCGCUUAGAGAAAAAAAAGUAAUCAUAGAGAAAAAACAACGAAGACCUGUUCUAAAGAAGAGACAUGUUACCCUAGAUUAUUUUGGGUUAUGCAGAAGCCAUCGUUACUCAACUGACUGGCAAACCGGUGCCAUUGACUCUCCAAAUAUCCUCUGUCCGUGUCUGUGACUCUUCCCUUUGUGUGUGUGUCCUCUCUCCAAACAAACCUUUUCGUUACAACAGCUGGAGAAAUACACUUCCUCCCUUCGUCCCCACUUCUUUACAGUCCUCCCGCAGAAGAUCUAGUCAUCACUUUUUGACAUCCUUUGACACCCAUGUCCUCCAUUUUCCACAUUUCCUAUCUGCCGUGUGUGGGCUCAUUCCUGGAUAUCUUACACCUCAGAGGUCGGGGGGGGAUAGAUGAAUAGGAUUUAAUAUAAAUUCAAAUAUAGUGAGUAUGACAGUUUGUGGAUUGAGGGUAGCUGAGGGAUGACAAAUCUACUCUGGAUGUUAGCAGUGAAAAGCAGACAGCAUGAUUGAUUUUCUUACUCCUUUGUCACUCCCCCCCUGCCUCCUCUACUUCCUCCUCUCGCCGUCUUUCCAGUCCAUGAGUAAACUGAAUUGUAAUUUAGUGUUCGAUCGCAUCUCGCCGAUAGAGAUGCGGUGAGACAAUCUGCUGUCAUAGGCAGGUGGUCACAGUAUGCAAAGAUGAUGUCCGUGUCCCUUUAAAAAUAAAUCACUGGUCCAUCCUGUUUUCCUAUUUCCUUCUUCUUGUCACAACCCAUCAUCAUCCAUCUCAUCCCCCCUAGUUUCACAACUUUGUCCUUUAAACUCUGAAGGUGCUGCAUCAAAAAUACUGUAAUAUUAAAUGAACAAUGAGAGCGUCAUUCUGUUCAUUCUUUUUAUUUCACUUAUUUUCUUUUUCUGUCAGUCAGUUUUUGAAUUGUGAUAAAAAUGUAUAGCACAUCCGUGUUUCUGAAAUCAGGAGUGUAUGUUGUUGUGUGUGUGAGUGCGUGCAUAAAUGUAUGUGUGUGUUUGACUUGAUGUGAAACGAGUCCCAUUUAAAUCAAGGUUGGGUAUUGACAUCAAUGGCCAGAAAAAGAGUCAUACAUUCGUGAACUUUUACCUGAAGGUGAUUAAAGCAACAUUGAGUGUGUUUACAAGCAGAUUUAUGAUGUUAUAUUAGUUUGAAGUUCAUAAGGGGGUGUCUGACCACCAAGCAUUUAAAGAUAGGCCCUAUUAGUGAGUGUUUUUCUGUUUCCUUUAACACAGUAGUGUUUUGGCUACUCACAAACGCAGCCUUGUUGCUGUAGGGAAUACAAAGAUGCUUAUCCUGAACACAACCUCAUCAGGAUAUGAGCUACAAUCCCGAGUACUGUGUGCAUGUGAAAGAUCUAAUUGUUGAAAAGCUGUGGUGUCCUUUUGAAUCAUGCUCUUCCCUGAUUGGUUCUUCUGAUUUUGGCUCCUACCUGUUUGUACAGUGCCUAGCAUGAUGUAAGCAAAACAAAAAUGGAGGCCAAAAGAUUAUCGCUUGAUUUACAAUUAAUAAUUGUAUUGCCUUUACAGUUAAUUUACACUGGGUUUUUGUGUGUUAAUGGCUAACCUUAACACAUUACUGAUGGUAUUUGUCUCUUCUAAUGGAGAUUUUAACACAUUUGAUUUAUUCUUUGAAAGGAGUAACUACAUAUGGUACGAUAAAAAACAUGUCAUUUUUUUCUGAAUAAUAUGUGUAGCUCAAUCAUUUAUGCAUACUGUAUUAGAUUUAUAACACUAUUGAUUGCCAACUAGUUACACUAGAACUGGUAUCCCUCUAUGUUGGAGACAUUCUGGUGGAUGAACUGCUUACUCCUUAAAAAAUGUAAAGUGACACAAAAACUAGACUCAUUCCCCUACGGUGAUUUAAAUCAAUUUAUUUUCUGUUAAAUAAUUUAAAAUCAAGCUAUAUUUUCAGACUUUUACAUAUCCACACGGUAGCUGUUCCUAUGCAGCUGCAAGUUAGGUUCACCAAACUGUGUUAUGGGUAGCAGGCUAACAUUUUUAGCAAUAAAGAGCCGAGCUGAACAAAACCAUGUCUUCCCUGUUUGUGCACGCAUGCAUCUGUGUGUAUGAUUAAAAAUCAAGUGUGAAUGGGGCAUAUAAACUGUGUUUGGCCAUCACAGAAUUCACUCUUCCCAUUGGAAAAGGCUGACUGUCAGUACACUGAGGACUCUCCUUUCAAAGAUGAAACCACUGUAUUCUUUGUUUUGUUCUAUUUCUUGUUUUCUUUGUUUUGAAAGAGCAUUACUAAUGUCCUGUGUGGGGAUUUAUUUGUUUUGUAAAAGAGAUGCUGUAUGAGAGAAAUAAAUUAAACUAGAGCAUUA